AUACAUGCAAACGGACAAAUACAUACACAAAUUACACACUUUUCUUUUGCUUCUUUCUUAGUUAACCCGUCUGUCUCCACCCUCCUUUUAGAGCGGAUCACCCGACUUCCCCAUUAUCAAUAACUCAAAAACCAGGGAAAGAAGAACAAAAAAGAACACCAGAAAAAAAACCAGUUUUGAAAUUUGAUAUGAUAUUCAUUUACUGGGAACGAAAUUCCGUGUCGUAGGUGGUGUGUUUAUGGCUCGAAGCGUGGAAUUUUUGAUUGAUAGCUGAUUUUUUGUUGUUUGAAGGGGUUGUGAUAAAUGGGAAAUGUGACGUCAAGUGUGGCGGCAAAAUUUGCAUUCUUCUCGUCGAACCCACCCACGUACGAUGUCUACUGUGAUGAAUUGGAUGGGUGGCUAGUGAUGAGUGGUUUAACAGUGGAUAAAAAUGUGGACGUCCAUUUGUUGCAAACCAAGGGCGGGAAUAAGGUUGUGACUGCGUUCUGGAAGCACCCAACAGGAAGGUUCACCGUAUUGUACUCCCAUGGAAACGCUGCCGAUUUGGGACAAAUGCAGGACCUCUUUAUCGAGCUCAGGGCCAACCUUCGUGUCAAUAUCAUGAGCAGCUAUGACUAUUCGGGAUAUGGAGCAUCCACCGUAAGCCAUCUGAGUUCAACACAUACCAUGACAUCGAGGUUGUCUAUAACUGUUUGAAGAAUGAAUAUGGAAUCAAGCAAGAGGAUGUUAUUUUGUAUGGUCAAUCUGUCGGGAAUGGUCCACCCUACACUUGGCUGCUCGCUCACCGAGGUUGAGAGCUGUUGUUCUUCAUAGCGCUAUUCUUUUAGGAAUACGAGUUCUGUACAAUGUCAAAUUGACAUUUGGUUCGACAUUUUUAAAGUAAGCUUCUCGAGAGUCUGUUGGUCUUCAAUUUUAUCUCCUAAUCCAGUUUUUUAUCUAGGUUUGUGAUUGAGAAAGUUUCUGUUCAUUUUUUGCAAGACAUCGACAAAAUAUAGAAUGUAACUUGCCCCAUUUUAGUUAUACAUGUAAGAAUGA